GCCGUUGCAGCAAGAACAGUCGAAAGAGCCUCCUGUCUGAGGGUCACAAUAUCACAGAUUUUGUUGCCAAUUGCAGCUUUAGAACUCACUCUCUACAGAGUUUGGUGUUGCCUGAAGACUCCUGAUGUUAAAGAAGCUGCCGUCUUGCUUGAAGUCCACAACCACACUCCUAUUUCGCUGAACCUCAUUGUAGAGAAUCUUGGUGACACAGAAAAGGUACAUGUUGAAUAACACAGAUGGACAAACGCCAUCAACAAGGAAGCACAGACCGUCUUAAACACUGGCCUUUUCUCAACUAUUUUAACCGAUCCCGAAACAUGCCUCCUGUCUGCCCCCCACCUGACACAAGCAGCAAAGAUAAGAAAGAUCCUAUGGGGAGAAUGCCGAGGGGAAAUGUAAGACAUUUUGGUCCCCCCUUUAUGGGUCCGCCCAUGCCAGGUGAUGGUUUUGAAGGGUUUCCACCACCACCACCUCCUUGUGCAAUGAAUCCUCCCCAAACGAGAAAGAAAAAAAACGCCGAGAAAGAGCGCUUGCAGGACGUGGAAGGCGAACCUAGAUAUGAGGAUAAUACAGAGAAACGACCUAAAAGCCCGGCAGCGACGCAGGAACGAAAAUCGGAGGCCAAAGAAAAGGAUGUAAGAGAACCCAGGCAAGAAAAUCACCAUAACAGAAAUGAUCCCUGUGACAAACAAAGUGAUGUUGGCAGUCAACAUCGAGAUUCUUCUGCUUUUGACACUGAAUCAAAGUUUUCGGAUUUAGAGAAGAGUAAUAGAUUUUACCCUUAUCCAGAAUUCGACAGGCAUGGUAUGAUGCCUCCAUUUGGUAUGAUGCCUAUGGGUUACGGUCCUCCUGACGGCAUGAGACCUCCAGUGUAUAUGAAUUAUCCAGAAAAGCCUGUAGAUAUGUCUCGCAUGACAAUGGAUUUCGAAGGCAACUACAUGGACAAUAAUGGACAAUUCAUGGAUCCCUUAGAUAUGCAACAGCAUAACGAAAUGGAUCUUCCUAGGGAGAAUAUGAACUUCCGUCCUCCAUAUAUGGACCAAUUUCAUGGAGAUAUGGAUGGUUGUGUGGAUAUACCUCCCAUGGAAAUGAAACGUUACACUCAAAGACGGAAAGAUGGGUUUGAUGAGAUGAGUCCUCAAGAACUCAUGGAAAAUGGAAUGCUGAUCGUUACUCACGUCGACUAUCACUUGGAUGAAACUUUGAGGCUUCAUCACACUGACCAAUAUGAUAUUGGCCAGAAUGGUCAACUGAUAGUUCGACGUGGACAACCAUUUAUGUUGACUAUUGAAUUUCAUGAAGAAUACAACGAGGAGAAACAUAAGAUAAGAUUCAUCUUCCAAAUUGGUGAACACCCUCUACCAUCAAAGAAGUCUGACAUCAGAUUUGGCCUGACCGACAAAUGGUAUCCAGAAGAAUGGGGAGCAAAAUUGGUGUCCAGGAGAGGCAGAAUAAUUACUGUCUGUGUUCACCCUGCUUGUGAUUGUAUUGUAGGAGUGUGGGAUUUUAUGAUUAAAACUACAGUAAGCGGUAAAGGAAGCUACAUUUUCGACAAUUUUGAGCAAAUCUACAUCCUCUUCAACCCUUGGUGCCAAACUGAUCAAGUAUACAUGGAAGAUAAAGACCUCCUCUAUGAAUAUGUGCUAAAUGACCAUGGACACAUAUUUCAAGGAAGCGGAUGUUCUUCCGUUUACCAGAAACCCUGGAAUUAUGGGCAGUUUGACGAAGAUAUUUUGGAUAUCGCCUUAUAUCUGAUGCGCCAAGGAUUCUUGGAAUAUUGCCCUCAAAUGAGUAGCCCUGUGCGGGUUGCACGAGUGCUUGUUCAUGUGAUCAAUUCUCCUGAAAACACUGGAGUAAUGAUGAGGUUUGAUUCCGAUAAUUGUCAAAACGGCAAAAAACCAACAGCAUGGGGCGGUAGUCGAAGAAUUCUUCAGCAGUUCAUUGAUACCAAAGAACCGGUUAAGUAUGGACAGUGCUGGGUAUUUUCUGGACUUCUUACUACAGUUUGCCGUGCCCUGGGUAUUCCUUGCAGAACUGUUACCAAUUUUAACUCUAACCACGACAGUGAUGAUAACUUGUCUGUCAAUGUUUAUCUUGGAGAAGACGAGAAAGGAAAUAUCUUUGAACAAAAGGAAGGAAAUGUUUGGAAUUUCCAUGUUUGGAAUGAUGUUUGGAUGAGUCGUUCAGAUCUUCCUGUGGGAUACUGUGGCUGGCAGGCUGUCGAUCCAACCCCUCAAGAAGCAAGCGACGGUAUUUACUGCUGCGGGCCUGCUCCUCUGAAAGCUAUAAAGAAUGGUGAAGUGAAUCAAACUUUUGAUACUAACUUCAUUUUUUCGGAGUUAAACGCUGAUCGGGUCUACUGGAAGAAAAAUCACCGUUCAGGAAAAUGGGAAAUUGUUCAUAUUGAUAGAAAUGCAUUGGGCAAGUUCAUCUAUACCAAGUACCCAAAUUGCAAACCCGGUCAUAAUCGCAGUGGUGGUUUGAUGGACAUUACAUUUGAUUACAAGCUGGUCAAUGGUUCAGAGUAUGAUCGUAUCGAUGUGAUCAAUGUCCACCGGAAGAAAAUGAUGCUUCACAGGGCCAAGAAGUCCUCACACUAUCAGGAGGAUAUGGAAUUCCGUAUAAGUGAGAGGGAAAGUGUGAUGGUUGGUCAAGAUUUCAACAUAACUCUCCACUGCCGCAAUACUGGUCAAGAUCAGCGUUACGUAAGCAGUUCAGUUUAUUGCAAAAUUGUCGACCACUUUGGUGAGAAGAUUGGUUUAUGUCGUGAAUUACAUGUCAAUAAUUUCUUUGACGCCAAGAACAGUAAAAUGAUAGUCAUGAACGUUGCUCCAGAAGACUAUAUGCCGUUUUUGGGACGUGACAAUAACUCUCGUUUGUCAAUGAGAAUUAUGGUGUAUUGCAAAGUUAAACAGACUGACCAAAUGUUCGUUUUCAAUGACAGUUAUCAACUUGAUUGGCCUUACUUGACCAUUGAGGUUCCUCCGAAGAUCAGAGUGAGAGAUGAAGUCAUGGCACGCAUAUCUUUUGUUAAUCCUUUGGAUAUUCCACUUACAAACUGUGAAUUGAUGUUGGAAGGAAACGGAUUCGAACGCAUUUAUGAGAUUCGUGCUAACGACGUCCCACCACAUGGUAACUUUAUGGAAGAGAUUGUAUUUGUCGGACGCAAGAUUGGUGAAAAACAAUUAGUUGCUACAUUCUACUGCCAAGAACUAUGCGAUAUCGUUGGUAGCUCCAUGCUCCAAGUCUUCAAAUAACUGAAGAACUGAAGAAGCUACGCAACAAUCGACGAAAGAAAUAUAAGAAACGAGAAAGAUGACACUUCUUUUACUCUGAUUCUAUUAGAAUUUCAAUCGACACAUAUAUAGAAACUAUUAUAUUAUUAUUGUUAGAAUUUGUUAUUUAUCAUAUUUUAUUGUUGAAAAUAUCAUUAUUAUUGUCCAAUGAGAUAGUUUAACUCCAGCUCUCUAUACUCUUCUAUUUAUUUGACCGAUUUCUGUCAUGCUAGGGGUAACAUUUUCAAGGGUUUUAGUUGAUUAUAUUGACAUCUGUUAAGUAUAUAUUUAGUCGGGUACUUAUCUUAUCGAUCUCUUAUCUUCAGAUAGCUUAAUUGCCUUUAGACCUAAAGGGAAACACCUUGACGCACAGUUUCACACAGAAACCCACACAGGUACAUACGGAUACACACACACACGCGCGCGCACACAAACGUAUGCACACAUAUUCAUAC